ACCCCUCCUUCCUUUUAAAAUCUAAUCAGCUGUUUGUCUAUUUAAUUUAAAAAGAAUGUUUAAAAAGUUUUUAUUAAUUACCUGUAGAAAGAUUUUACGAAUCGGCUAGUGACAGUACUCUUUAAAGACUUGAAGACAAUUAACAAAGAGUUUGCUGUUUUUCUAAAAAUUUAAAAGGUACCAUUCUAGAACGUAGAUAUCUCAAGAAAAAUAACUGGUAAUCAUGCAGGGAAUAAUUGAUUUAAACAUUGCCAGUGAUAUCGUUGAUCUUGAACGUUUGGCCCAAACUAAAGAUGUACUGAAAGUGAAAAACCCACAAGUUAUUGAAAAGGUAAUGAAAAACAUCUACACAGAAAUUUCCAAAUCGUCAUUAAACCAAGAAAAAUGUUACAUACUUUGCUUACGCUAUCGGCACGCUGUAAAUAGACUAUGCCAAAUAGGAGACAGGAAAUUUGUUAUGAUAAAAUAUGAGCAUGAACUUUCAAGAGUCGAGGACAAAAUUGAAGAAUUAAGACCAAUUUUAAUAUCCAGAUAUGAAGAACAUCGAAGGAAAAAACAGAAAGAGUCAAUAAUAUAUGUCCAACCAGAGACUCCAGCUAGUAAUUAUGUAAACGGAGACUCACCUCUAUUUUCUAGUGAAUUUAUAUCAGCAAAGCAAUUAUAUGAAGCAAUAAUCAACAAGAUGAACAUCCUGGUUGUUGAUAUUCGACCUACCAAUGAGUUUGAGGAGUCCAAAAUUAAAUUCGAAAACAUUAUUAAUGUACCAGAAGAUGUAUUAGGCCCAGGACUAUCUGCAAAUGUCAUACAAACCAAGCUGAAAGACGAUGCUCAGAAUAUAUGGAACAAAAGAGACAGUUAUCUUAUUAUUGUGUUUCUUGAUUGGAAUUCCAGUUCUGAGAAUGUAACCAGUACGAAACUGAGCUUUCUAAAAGCGUCUAUAACAGAGUGGGACAUCAACCGUAACUAUAAACAAGCCCCAGUAAUUCUAGACGGUGGUUUUCGAGGGUUUUUGGAGAGCUAUCCAAUUUCAGUGUCCAAUGUUAACGUGAAUUUUGUAAGACACAAUGAAGACAUUGAUGAACUAUUAGAACUGGAAAAUAUCUCAUAUCCUGAAGAAAACACUGGUGUGAUGCAAUUGAAGCACUUCACAAUUCAGGAACUUGAAGAUUCAGUUAAUAAUGAAGAAUCGGAAGAAGAACCUGAAGAGUUACCCAAGAAAAUUAAUAACAUUGAAGAAAUUGAGAAGAAAAACAUAGAAAAAGAUAUAGAUAUAGGGCCUAAAGGUGGUGGAUCAGCAGUUGAUAAAAUGCCUUCAGAUAUAACCAAAGAUGAGACGACACCAGAUAUAAUCCGAAAUAAAAUUGAGGAACACAGAAUGAGGUUACUGAAUGAAGCGAGAAACAAGAAAAAUAAAAUGGUCGGUGGGAAGGCAAAAGGCUCUGAAGGUGACUCAUCAGGUUCUGAAUCAAAAACCAAACUUCCUCCUCCGAUCAGGAGGGAAACUAAACCUAAAAAACCCAUGCAAGUCUUUGGUGGAUGGUGCGGUCUAGUAAACAUUAAAAAUACUUGCUACAUGAACACGGUAUUGCAGUGCUUAAAGUGUAUUCCCAUUAUCAGGAGUAUAUUGCUGGCGAAUUUCGUUAAUCACGUCACUAGAAGACCUCCAGAAAUUAUCCUUGAAUUUGCCAGUGUUGUUAGAGCUCUUUGCGAAGGAACUGAGUACGAUAAAAAAGUAUACAGACCAACUAGUUUUUAUGAUGUAGUUUGCAAGUUAGAUCCGGUAUAUAAGAAAGGAAAUCAUGAAGAUUGCAUGGAGUUCUUUCUGUUUCUUUUAAAUCACCUUAAUGACGAUUGUGCUCAGGAUAUAACAACAAAAGUUAUGAGUGAAAGAGAGAAGUCUUGGUACUCUCACCUACAGGGUAGGACCUCUUUCUGGGUGGAUUUGUUUUACCAUCAGUUUCAAUGUACAAAAAUAUGUCAGGUGUGUCACUUGCAAGCUGUUUCAUAUGAAACCGAUAAUACAUUAAUGUUAUCUGUCCCAUACCGCGCGACCUUGAGGAUGGUACAUUUAAAAGAAUUAAUCCAUGAAUACAUGGAGGACAAUCAGAUAUUGGACUAUAAAUGUUCAAGAUGUCAAAACAUGAAGGUGAUAAACCGAAAAAACAUCAUAGUUGAACCAGAAAUCCUAGUUAUCGUCUUAAAAAGGUACUACCAAGACGAAUACCAAGAAACAAGGAAAAAUAACGUUUGUGUGAAUUUUGACUUGUCUUUUCAGUUUGGAAAGUGCUUUUACAAGUUGUAUUCAGUUGCUCAGCAUAGAGGUACGAUGGAUCAUGGUCACUACUACGGACAUGGGAUUCUAAGCGAUAAUACCUGGGCAGAGUUCAAUGAUGAGAGAACCACGAGGUUUGAGAAAGACUGGGAUAGUAUAAGAGGUUCUGUAUGUGCCUUCUUUUACUGUAAGGAGAAUAGAAAUACUUCGAAAAUGUGAUUUUUAGCGAAUAGAUUAAAAUAAGGUUUAGUUUUAAUUUGUUUUUAAUGUUUCAACGCAGCUAUUAUUAAUCCAUUCCAAGUUUUUUGAUUUUUUUUUUAUAAAAAUAAUGGUGCUUGAAAGUUAUAAAGACAGUAGUAGACAAAUGUAAAUAAAAAUAAGUACUAGAUAAAUAUAAAAAAAGGUAAAUUUAUUAUAAUUCGCAGUUAACCUUUUGUUGUAAAUAACAAUAAUACCUAAAUAAAGUUAUUGUUAUUAGGGAUAAAUGAAAACUAUAUAUUUAUUAAAAUGUUUAUAUUGUAAUAAAAAGUUUCUUGUAUUUUCAUGAUUUUAAACUUUUACAUAAAGAACUAUUAGUAAGUA